UCAGACAGGCGGUGGUUCCGAGCGCCGCCGCCGCGAGCUCUCGGCCUUCUCCUGAGCGGACGCGCUUCUCUCCCGCGUCCCGGUUGGCGGCAGCGGCUGCUGCGCGGGCGGCGACGCGGUCCUUCCGGGAGGCGCGACGGGAGUGGAGCGGCGGCCGCGGAGCGACGAGCCCAGCGAGGCGGCGGCGGCCCGGCAGCCAACAUGGCGGCGGCGGCGGCGGGCGCGGGCCCGGAGAUGGUCCGCGGGCAGGUGUUCGACGUGGGGCCGCGCUACACCAACCUCUCGUACAUCGGCGAGGGUGCCUACGGCAUGGUGUGGUAUAGCCCUGAAGGCCACUGCAUGUGUCCAAGGCUAGAGCCGAUGAACACACAAGCAGCUUUGGUAUCAUUUGAAGACCUGGUUGUGCACUUUACCCAGGAGGAAUGGACUAUCAUGGACAAUGCUCAGAGGACCUUGUACAGGGAUGUGAUGCUUGAGACCUAUAGCAAUCUGCUUUCCUUGGGACACAACAUUAUGAAGCCUGAUAUGAUCUUAAAGUUGGAACAAGGAGCAGUGCCAUGGAGUGUGGAAAGGCCUAUAAAGCAGCAACUUUCAGAUACCCACAGAGAGGAUGAACUGCUUGGAAAUCAGAAAAGUCAAGAAAUAAACUUCAGGAAGCUUAAUCCGAUGCCAUGUGGGGAGAAGCAUAAUGCCUCUGCUGGACCUGGGAUCAGAUGCCAGUGUAAAGAAUAUCAGAGUCAGCAUGACAAGAUGCACACUGGUCAACAGUUUAUUGAGCACAUUGGGAAAGAGAAAACCUCCUGCAGGAGGAAGACAGUUCUUACAUGUAAGGAGCUUUGUAUCAAGGACACCUGUAGUAAGCCACCUGUUCUUGUGGAAGAAGCCAUUCAGACUGAAAAGAAACCCUUUCAUAAAAAUCUCUACUUCAGUAAACAUCAGCAGACACAUUCAGCAGAGAAACAAAGUGAGCACUGUAAGAGUGAAAUACCUGUUACUUACAAAACAGAGCUUACAGAAAACCAGAUAAUGCAUUCAUCAAAAAGCCACUACACAUGUAGUUACUGCAAAAAACUUUUCAGUUGUGACUCUUGCUUUAGCACCAAACACAGAACAUACAUAGGAGAAAAUCUUAAUGUAUGCAAUGAAUGUAGGAAAACCAUUUGCCAGAAGACCAACCUCACUAGAAAUCACAUAAUUCACACUGGAGAGAAAGCAUAUGUAUGUAAUGAACAUGGAAACAUCUUUUGUAGAAAUUCAAUCCUCCCUACAUAUCAGAUAGAUCACAAAGGGAAGAAACCUUAUGAAUGCAAUGUGUGUGAAAAAUCCUUUUCCAGGAAGUCAUUUCUGAUUACACACCAGAGAAUUCACACAGGGGAAAAACCAUUUGAAUGCAAAGUGUGUGGGAAAGCGUUUUGUCACAAGUCAGCUUUCAAUAGGCAUCAGGGAAUUCACACAGGGGUCAAAUCUUACAAAUGCAGUGAGUGUGGAAAAGCGUUUCGCCAGAGUUCAAGUCUCAUUGCACAUCAGAGCAUUCACACAGGGGAAAAGCCAUUUAAAUGUAAAGAGUGUGGGAAAACAUUUUGCUGGCAAUCACACCUAAUCACACAUCACAGAAUUCACACCGGAGAGAAACCUUAUAAAUGCAAAGAGUGUGGAAAAGCGUUUUGUGACAAAUCAACUCUUGUUACGCAUCAGGCAAUUCACACUGGGGAGAAACCUUAUGCAUGUAGUGACUGUGGAAAAGCAUUUCGCCAAAGAUCAAGCCUCAUUACACAUCAGAGAAUUCACACAGGGGAAAAGCCUUUUCAAUGUAGAGAGUGUGGAAAGGCCUUUUGUGACAAAUCAACCCUUGUUAGACAUCAGAUAGUUCACACAGGACAGAAACCAUAUGAAUGUGAACAGUGUGGAAAAGCCUUUUAUGAUAGGUCAUCUCUUGUUAGACAUCAGGCAAUUCACACUGGGGAGAAGCCUUUUGAGUGCAAUAAGUGUGGGAAGGCUUUUAGCCGGCAGUCAAACCUAAUUACACAUCAAAGAAUUCAUACAGGAGAAAAGCCUUAUGAAUGUAAAGAGUGUGGAAGAGCCUUUUAUGAUAAGUCUUCUCAUAUUAGACAUCAAGCAGUUCACACUGGGGAGAAACCUUUUGAGUGCAAUAAGUGUGGAAAGGCUUUUGGCCGGCAGUCAAACCUAAUGACACAUCAAAGAAUUCACACAGGGGAAAAACCCUAUGAAUGUAAAGAGUGUGGGAAAGCCUUUUGUAACAAGUCAUACCUCAUUAAACAUCAAGCAGUUCACAGAGGAGAGAGACCUUACGAAUGUAAAGAGUGCGGAAGAGCCUUCUAUGAUAAGUCAUCUCUCAUUGCACAUCAGAGAAUUCACACAGGGGAGAAACCUUUUCAGUGUAGAAAGUGUGGAAAAGGUUUUUGCCGGCAGUCAAACCUAGUGACACAUGAAAGAAUUCACACUGGGGAGAAACCUUACGAAUGUCAAGAGUGUGGAAAAGCCUUUUAUGACAAGUCAUCUCUCAUUAGACAUCAGGCAGUUCACACUGGAGAGAAACCUUUUGAGUGUAAGAAGUGUGGAAAAGCUUUUGGCCGGCAAUCAAACUUAAUCACCCAUCAAAGAAUUCACACAGGGGAAAAACCUUAUGAAUGUAAAGAGUGUGGCAAAACCUUCUGUAAUAAGUCAUAUCUCAUUAAACAUCAAAGAAUUCAUACAGGAGAAAUUCCAUGAAUUUAAGGAGUGUGAAAAAGCCUUUUGCAGAAUUCACAGUUAAUCAAGCACUUGAGAAUUCACAUCAGAGAG